AUGGGAAUAGGGAGGGCGUUUAGGAGAAAACGUACGUCUUCACUUGAUAUUCUCACAUCAAAAAGGAGUCCUAAAGGUUAUUACAAGGGAAAGAAUUGCAAGCCCACUGGUUUCCACACUCGCAAAGGUGGUUACAUUGUGGUACCUGAAAAGUUGCCGAACUAUGUGGUACCAGAUUUGACUGACUUCAAGGUACCUGUGCAUUUUUUAGACAACAAGAACAAGUCCUUUAGUGUUUGGAGACGUAAGGUAAGCUGCAUCAAUUCCUCUUGGAUACUGAGGUCUGUGUUUAAAUUUGACAAUGGGAGUGCAGACCUGAAAGUCUUGGACCAAUCUCCACAGCAUAUUUACACGAUUGUUGUGGAACUGGAUAUUGUUACUUACAACCAAAAGGGUACCUGUUAUCCUAGAGGUAGAGGGUCCUGCGCUAGGAUUAAGAAUGGGAUUGAAAUCUCAGAGGCAAACCCACGCAUGAUCCGACUGAGCCGUUGGGGCAUUGUCGACCUCGAAGUGACCCGGCAUGGAAUGUCCUGCCUCGACCCAAAAGUGACCUAG